AUGCCAGACCAGCAGCCUGCCCUUGCUACCUCGGCGGUUGAUUCCAAUCUCGAAAAGGCACAGAAUGCCAUCCCUACUCCAUCUACAGAGACAGCUGUCAAAAAGACAAGCAAUGACAACGACACGAAGGAUAAGCAAAAUGCUUCGGAAAAGAAAUCCCCCCACGUCUUCAACGAGCAGACAAACUACGUCCCCAAACGCGUCAUCAUCACUCGCGCUGACGACGUAGAUAUUUCUCGCCUGCGCCUCGGUCGACCUCCUAGCCUUGAUGGAUCAGACGACACUCGCGGCGAGCCUGUCAAUUAUCAGCAAUGCCCUGCAGGCAACGGAUCAGGCGGCCUGGAUUGCGGGGGGUUAUUUUGUACUAGUACCUCCACCUCCUUCCAACUCCUCUACGGCCGCCUCUCAGACAUCUGGUCGCGCAAGGUGAUCCUCUUCAUCGGCCUGGGCAUCUUCUUCGUCGGCUCGCUUGCCUCCUCACUGGCCAACACCGCCACCCAGCUGAUCGUCUUCCGUGCGUUUACCGGCGUCGGCGGCGGCGGCCUGAUGAACGUCGCCCAGAUGAUCGUCAGCGAUGUCGUCCCCCUGCGCGAGCGCGGCAAGUACCAGGGGAUAUUAGGGUCUGUGGUCGCGCUGGCCAACGGCAUCGGGCCUGUCAUCGGCGGCGCGUUGGCCUCACGGUCCGCGAACUCCUGGCGGUGGAUCUUCAGACUCAAUAUGCCGAUGACAGGCUUGACGACGCUGUGCUGCUUCUUCUUCAUGCCGCUGCGCAAGGUCGAGGGCGACUGGCGGAUCAAGCUCAAGGCGAUCGACUUUGUCGGCUGUCUGCUCGCUCUGGGAGGGACGUCCGUCCUCCUGCUGGGCCUGACCUGGGGCGGCGGCGAGUACGCGUGGGAUUCGAGCCAUGUCAUCGCGACGCUGGUCGUGGGAUGCGUCGUGUGCGGGCUGUUUGUGCUGUGGCAGUGGAAGGGCACGUCGACGCCGGUGGUGCCGCUGCACAUCUUCAAGGCGCGCAUCGUCAACGGCGCCUGUCUGACCAUGUUCAUCAACGGGUGGAACUUCCUAGUGCAGGUGUAUUACAUUCCGACCUUCUAUCAGCUGGUGUACGGCUAUUCGGCCGUCAAGGCGGGGGCGCUGCUGCUGCCGAUCAUAUUGAUACAGACCCUGAGUAGCACGCUCUCCGGUCUGGUCGUCCACUGGGUCAGUCGCUACCGCGAAUGCAUUUUGCUAGGAUGGGCCGUGUGGGCGGUUGGACUGGGCCUGUACUCGACGCUGGAUCCGUCGUCCGGACUGGGGAAGCAGAUUGGCUAUGGGAUUCUGACUGGUGUGGGAGUGGGCAAUACAUUGCAGCCGGCUCUGAUUGCCGUCCAAGCGGGCGUGGAAAGACGGGACAUGGCGGUCGUUACGUCGUUCAGGAACUUCAUCCGCAAUCUGGGCGGAACCCUUGGUCUGGCUGUGUCAGGGACAAUCAUAAACAACCUAGCCCUCUCAUCCCUCUCCAACACAAACACCAAUCUCACCCUAACCACAUCUCAGAUCCAAACCCUCCUGACCAGCCCGCAAACCUACCUCUCCACGCUUCCCCCAGAAGAAGCGACAGCAAUCCGCACGGUGCUGAUGCCGGCGUACCAGCGCGGAUUCCGCAUCGUCUUCAUCAUCGGCGCCAGCCUGGCUGCGCUGGCAUUCUUCCUGGCCGUGGCGUUGAUGCCGCAGGUGGAGCUGAACCGGGCGGAUGACGAGAAGUUGAAGGAGGAGGGGAAGAGACGGGCUUUGGAGAGGAGUCGUCGGCGUAAGCGUGGGAAGGUGCAAAACAUUCUUCUUAGGUUAUGUAUCUACCUAAUGUGUUUUACCGGCAAACCUCGGCAGAAGGACUGGGAGGGCGAAGGCGAUAUGGUCGCUACAACCAAUAUAUCUAUAUAA